AUGAAGCUCGUCGCUCUGUCCACUGCUCUUCUUGCUCUUGCGCACAAUGCGUAUGCUCUGCCCGUUGAGACCGAUGAGGCCUCUGCUCUUGAUGUCACCUUGAGCCGUGUCAGCGACACCCGCAUCAAGGCUGUUGUGAAGAACACCGGCAAGGAGGAUGUCACUUUCGUGCACCUCAACUUCUUCCGGGACAAUGCUCCCGUCAAGAAGGUUGAGGUCCUGAAGAACGAUGCCGAGGUCGCCUUUGAAGGUGUCAAGCGCCGUUUCAGGACCGAGGGUCUGACCGCUGAGGCUCUCACCUCGCUGGCUGCCGGAGAGACAUUCGAAGAUGAAUUCGAUAUCGCCAGCACCAAUGACUUGGCUGAUGGAGGAGCUCUGACUCUCCGCUCCAACGGCUUGGUCCCCAUUGUCGUUGAUGGCGCGGUGGCUGGAUAUCUGCCCUACCGCUCCAACGAGCUGAAGAUUGACGUCGACGGUGCCAAGGCAUCCCGUGUCCUGAAGGCUGUCAAGCCUCUUGAUCGCCGCACCGUCGAAUCCUGCAGCAACGCAAGCAGAAAGUCUGCUCUCGACAAGGCCCUGGCAAACACUGUGACCCUUGCCAAUGCUGCUGCCAAGGCUGCUCUGUCUGGGUCUGCCAGCAAGUUCUCUGAGUACUUCAAGACUACUAGCACCGCGACACGUCAAGUCGUUGCUGCCCGCCUCCAGGCUGUGGCAAAGGAGGCUUCUUCCACCACCUCCGGCUCUACCACGCACUACUGCACUGAUGUUUACGGAUACUGUGAUCCCAAUGUGUUGGCCUACACCCUGCCAGCAUACAACAUCAUUGCCAACUGCGAUAUCUACUACUCUUACCUUCCUGCUUUGACUAGCACUUGCCACAGCCAGGACCAGGCUACCACCACCCUUCACGAAUUGACCCACGCCCCUGGAGUUUACAGCCCAGGAACCGUCGACAACGGAUACGGAUAUUCCAAUGCCGUUGCUCUGACCAGCGCCAAGGCCGUCCUGAACGCCGACUCGUACGCCCUGUACGCCAACGGUAAGUCUUAA